AUGAAGACUCCUUGGCAGUGCGGUUCAAUUGAACAUGUAGUAAUCGUCAUGUGCAUAGGAAAAUUGGGAGCUUUCAAUCCACUAGAGCCUGUAUGGCUCAAAGAUUUAUUACAUUACAUCGAACACAACGAUGAUGAGUACCACCAAGUGAUUUUCAUAGCAUCUGAACACACCGGAACGUCAUUCGAGAAUUAUUGGAUACAAAGAAUACAGCAAACAAUUAUGGCUACUUAUCCAACUAUUCGAUUAAAUGUGGAACGUCCAUCAGACGCUGAUGAAUGGUCCUAUCAUGGAAUUGACGCUACAUCAACAUUGCUCAUUUCUGUUGAUGAUGCCGAAGUACCUAGAUUAGAUAUAUCGAAACAAACCAUAUCUGUCAUGAAAAAAUUAUCGUUGAACAAGAAGCGUGCCAAGUACCUGAUCAUCUUUCUCUCAUCAGAACGAACUCAGAAUUUCAGUAUUCUACUGAGAUAUGGUUGGAAAAUCCAAAUGAUGGAUCUAGUCAUUCUGGAGAUCGUCUCUUCUAGAAGAGAAAUGAUAACUAUCUCGGAGAGUUCUAUAGAUGAUCAUAGUUCACUAGUAAUUCAUUACUUCAAUCCCUUUCUGAAUUUAAUGGUAAGGAAACCAUAUGAGCCAGGAAUCGAGUGGUUUCCAAACCUCAUGAGCAAUAUGCAUGGAUAUCCUCUGAAAAUCGGUAUCCGUCAUCAGCCACCAUUUUCCGAAGUCACCUGGGAUGAAAAAGCGAACUGUGUGUCGAUGAGUGGAUGGGAUAUUACCGUCAUCCAAGAAGUGGCAGCGAAGAUGAAUUUCACGUUGCAAAUUCUACCGCAGUUGACGAACUUCAGUGAAAUAAUCGAAGACAAUUCAUCGUAUGGGUUAUUUAAUCUCCUGAGCAGUGGCAAGGUGGAUAUACUCGCUUCUGUUAACCCUCACUACACGGAAGAUAUGGAGGAGAAUUUAUACCGCAGUGAAAUGAUAUUUCGAGAUCAGUUGUGUGCUGUUAUACCAGUAAAGAACACUACUCGCAUUCUCUUUCCGACCGAAAUUAUUGAAGCUUUUAUUUCGACCAUUGGCAUUUUAUCGAUCUUUUGGGUCUCAACCUUGCUCUUCAAGUUCCGUCGAUCAUGGAGUGUUUUUGACAUCUUUCGUAUGUUGUUUGGAAUUCCCAAGCACAUCAACCAUUCGAGCUUGAAGCUAGCGCAACGAUUGAUGAUAAAAAUCAUACUGAUCGUAUCAUUAUUUUACUGUGUGAGAAUUUACGCAUGCCUGACAGAAAUUAUUAUCGACGUUGAUCAUGAGGUUGAAAUUGAAAAUUUCGAUGAUCUUGAUCGCUCUGGUCUCAUACCGGUAGUCUCAGCGUACCUCCUGAACAGAACAUUUGGUAAUGUUGAUGAGAAUGAUCGAGCGCUGAUUAAUCUGAAAAACAAAGCUGUUGCGACGACGGCUAUAUGGGACUGUCCAUCACAUGCUGAUCGAUUCAAAAAUGUAACGUGUUUGAUGACCAGGAAUGCUGUUCAAAUAUUAAUGAAAUCGACCUAUCAACCCGGUGAAAGAAUUCUAAAGAUUUCCAAGGCUUGUUUUUGGUCAGACAGCUACUCAUUUCUUGUGAGAUCUGGAUCGCCUAUUCGAAAGAGGAUGGAUUACAUAAUUAAUCUACUGUCGGAAGUUGGAUUGAAGAUAAUGUGGUUCAGAAAUGAUACGAGGAUCAAACUUUGGGAAAUCGAUAGAGAAGAUGAGUUGAUAUGGGACGAGAUGAAGUACCACCCCACGAGUCCGUUGAGAGAACAGCUAACAAUUGUUGCAUUAUUUGGUUUCACCACCGCAACGAUUACAUUUAUUGGAGAGCUUCUGUGGUAUCAUUGGUUAAAAAAAUGGAAGAAAACCAUUAAAUUGUUCAGGUAG